UCAGUACCAGCAUUAGUCCAAAGAGCAGCGUCCAGGAGGUGGUUGAGGAUUUAGCAAUGAUGAGAUGCAAAGAAUAAAAUGCAAGCACCAUUCUGGCGCUUCUGUCUGCAUGCACAAUGAGCUCAGCGACUGUGUGGUGAGGACAUCGCAGCACCAGUGAAGAUGUUCUGCGCCAGGCUGAAGGAACUGAAGAUAUCCGGAGAAUGUCCGUUCUCCAAAAGCAACCAGCAGCAGAAGGAGAAGCAGGACGAGCAGCAUGGAGAUGCUGGGGAGAGCUCGGUCGUGCACGUCGGGAGAAAUACGCACGAGCCCACACCGAGACCGAGGAGCAGCAGAGCCAAAGUCAACCUACAUACCCUCGGAGAAAGCAUUCGCAAACUGGCGUGUCCCCAGUUUCAGAGGCUUCACGCUGCCCUCCAAAUAAUGAUGAGCCAAAGCAAGAAAUCUGAAAGCAUUGCAUUUUGUUGCACAGACUGUAGAGAAGAACCGGAGCAUUUGUUGGAAAUGAUGACCGCUUACUCCACCAAAACAGCAAUCCCAAUGGAAGCUUUGAGAGUGUCUCUCGGCGAAGAGCUCUUCCACAUGUGCUACGAAGAAGAUGGCCACAUUUUGCGGGUUGUGGGGGGCGCACUUCACGACUUCCUCAACAGCUUCAACGUGCUUCUGAAGCAGAGCAAUGCACCCCCAGCAGAUGGAGGGGAUUGUGUAAACGAAGCAUCGGUGCUGUGCUUGGACAAAGAUCCGGGUCUGCUUACUGUCUACUUCUUCAACCCCCGCCCCACAACUGAGCUUUUCUUCCCUGGGGUCAUCAAGGCAGCCGCUCGUGUGCUGUAUCACACCACCGUGGAUGUUCUGAUGGACCCCCCCAGUGCCAAAGACAGCAUCCUUCAGUCUAAUCCACAGCACAGUCAUCUCUACACAGUGAUUGUCAAGGGGGAUAAAAGCCUGAGCCCAAGUCCUCUGCGGGCGACCUCAGCUGGGACCCUUCCUACCUCUUUGUUUUCCACUAUCUUCCCCUUCCAUCUCAUUCUGGACCAGGAUCUGGUUCUGGUGCAAAUUGGGCAUGGGCUCAGAAAGAGACUGAGCAGGAAGGAUGGCCUCAGACGUGCUUCCACCUUUCAAGAACACUUCUCAAUCGUGCGUCCCCAGAUUAAAUGCUCCUUUCAGGGCAUCCUGACCAUGCUCAACACCCAGUUUGUCCUUCGGAUCAAGCACGGGGUCUCGGGAGCAGACAACACAGUGAAGCCCAUGGACCUCAAGGGCCAAAUGAUCUACGUUUCCGAGUCCAACGUGAUCUUGUUCUUGGGUUCGCCAUGUGUGGAUAAGCUGGAGGAGUUAACGGGCCGCGGCCUCUACUUGUCUGACAUCCCUAUUCACAACGCGUUACGUGAUGUGGUCCUUGUUGGCGAACAGGCCAAAGCACAGGACGGCCUAAAGAAGCGUCUGGGCAAAGCCAAAGCUGCUUUGGAGCAGGCUCACCAGGCGCUUGAGGAAGAGAAGAAGAAAACAGUGGAUCUCCUCUUCUCCAUCUUUCCCGGCACUGUAGCUCAGCAGCUGUGGCAGGGUCAGGCAGUCCAAGCCAAGAAUUUUGAGCAGGUCACUUUGUUGUUUUCUGACCUGGUGGGCUUCACUGCUGUUUGCUCGCUCUGCACGCCGAUGCAAGUGAUUACCAUGCUCAACGAGCUGUACACCAGGUUUGACCACCAUUGUGGGGAGCUUGAUGUUUACAAGUUGUCGAGUGCUCUCUGGUUACAUGAAAGAAGACGACUUUAAAACAGCAAAAAUGAAGUACAAUUGAGAUUUUAUGGCUGAUGGCUUUCAGUCCUCUGGUCUUGCCCUAGAAGAUGGAAGACAGACGGCUCUCCACUUCAAUGUGUUCCUCAUUGUGUUGAUCAUUUCUUUUUUAUUAAUGACACUAUAUAUUUUCAAUACAUAUGAUUCAUAUUGACACAUGCAAAGAUUGUAGUGGAAAAAAACCUAAAGGUCUACAAUUCUUGUCAGAUUCCUGGGAUUUCUGAUGCAAAGUUCUGAUAUAUAUUUUAUUAUUUCGUCACAUCUGGAUGCAUCGAUUACGGUAAUAAAAAAUCACCGAAUAAAUGUUCGAACUGUAAACAGUAAUGCAGAGAAUGAUCUUUCUUUCAUACAUUUGUUUUGUGGUGUUCGGGCAAGUAACUACCUUUAAAGUUCAUGUAAAGUCAUUUUUAUGAUUUGCUUCUAAAUUCAUGAUAUAUGUUUGAUAAGAUAAAGAUAAGUACUGGAAAGAUUCAAAUACCUUGAACAAUUUAGAGUUGAAUUGUUGAGUUAUAGCAAUAAACUCUUUCUGACCUCAUCUGCUGUAAUUUUUCAAAAGGGCCUAAAUAAGGGUUCUACUGCUAUUAGAAAAAUGUUUUAUGACUAUUGAGCAACAUUGCAUUUUUAUCAUUCAAAUUGUAAUUAGUCCAUCAAGCUAGGCCUAAAAGUUACAGCUCUGACAAAAUAGUAUCUUCUUUUAAUUUUUAUGCCAAUGCCUAUUAUCCAGUCGUUACCUCCGAAGGUAGCGAGGUAUGCAUAAAAUGCGGUCGAGAAAAGUGGUUCUCCCAGGCACGCUGUCGUAGAUGUGGGUGCUAAAAUUACCAAGAGAGAUGCUUCGCCAAGCGUAUGUGCCCACGAAGCCGCGCUAGCAUUGUAGAAGAGCUUAAAAGGCAUGGGAAACAAGCUAGCCAAAGCAUAUGCCUUUUACUAAGUCACAACAAAUAAUGAUUAUUGACUGACAUUGGGCACUUGAGCGGGGCGUGGUUUUGACACAGUCAACAGACACACUUAAAAAUUAACAUCGUAAUGAUAUUGACGGGACACAUUUCCCAGACUCUGCACCAUGCCUUCAAGUAGGGUUCCAUCGGUUGAAGUCUCUUGCAGUUAUUCUCAAACACAUUCAGCGAUCCAAAACCGGAUUUAGGUUGAAAAAGUAUGAAAGCUGUACUGCUUGCAAACAGAAAGGAUUGUGUCAGGAGUGAUUUGUUCAAGGAUUCAAGGUAAAUAUUAUAUUUUUCGUACCAUGCAUGCAUUUUGAAACAUUGUGAAAAAAAUCAAUGGGAGAAAUUAACCACUACGACAUUGGCGUCAUAAUUCGCAGUAUUUAGGUAAAAUAAAUGCUAACUGCUUAGUUUUUUCCUUUUAACCAAGAAUCGAGGCUGUUUUACAUCCAUAUCUAUAAAGAGUUCAGGCAUUUAAGCAUUUAUUCACAAGAAUUUUCAACGUAAAAAGCAAUUUGUGGUGAUUAGGCGUCGUCACAUUAGCUUAAAGACUAGCAGCACAUUCAACAUAUUUACGUAAAAUAAAUGCUAACUGCCCGUUUUUUGCUUUUAACCAAGAAUCGAGACUGUUUUAUGUCCAUGUCUAUAAAGAAUUCAGGGAUUUAAUUAUUUAUUCACAAGAAUUUUCAACGUAAAAAGCUCUUUGUGUUUCCAUUCGGUCAGCUUUGACGGAGAUAGGCCCCCUAUUAAUCUGCCCCACGCCCCAUGUCCCGUCAAUAUUUUAUGAACUCUAUGACUUACGUACACUUUCUGAGACUUGACAGGAUAGGCUUUUUGUGUUUCGGAGCCUUAUUACUACAUUCAAAUUUGGCAGGCUUGUUAACAACACUCUUUGGUCCAAUUGAAUAAUUCAUUAAUGUUGUCUCCUAUCUGACUUAACCUUUAAGAACCUGUACUGAUCUGACUUAUAUUAAUUAGGAAAUAUGCGCAAAAUAAAUAAAUAAAAUUUACCCCCCAAAAUAUUGACUUGAAUAUUUGAUAAAGUACAUUUUUUAGGAACGGAUGUUUCAUGGGUAUAUUAUUCUGACUUCAGUACAGGUUGCAUCGGUUCAGUUACCUCUCAGUGACAGUGAAUGUGAAUGAUUAAGCUGUGUCUGACAGGUAUCUAUUUCAGGAUUUAGUCUUCCUAUUUCCCUAUGUCAAAUGGAAAAGACCCCAACUUCCCAUGAACCUGAACAGGAUAAACUUUGUUUUAGAUGUAUGUAUGGAUGGAUGUUAUUAAAACAGAAUCCCAUUAUUACUGUUUUACUAUUGACUGCAAUAUAGAAUGAUGAUGCUGAUCAUGAUAAUGGAUGAAAAUGGAUGUGACUGUGAAUGCAAAUGGUUGUUAUCUCAAUGGUUUACUGUACGUACAUAGCCUCUGACUGGCUGAUAACCAGUCCAGGAUUUUCCCCUCUCUUGCCCAAAGUAUGCUAGGAUAGGCUCCAGCACACCCACAGCUAAUGAGCAUAAGAGGUAUGGAUGGAUAGACAGAAUAAUACAUCCCAAAACUAAUCUCUAACGUUUUUAACAUUUGCCCACCAACUGUCAAGAGCCACCCAAAGCCACUCUAGUAUUAUAAAAUGAUAUACUGGUGGGUUGUUAUCUGUUCAGGUGGAGACCAUUGGGGAUGCAUAUUGUGUAGCCGGUGGCCUACAUAAGGAGAGUGACACUCAUGCGACCCAGAUCGCACUGAUGGCUUUAAAGAUGAUGGAACUUUCUGAUGAAGUCAGGACACCAACUGGAGAACCAAUACA